AGAACCCAGAUUAUUUUGGUCCCAAAUAAGCUCAACCAAACAGUAAAUUUCCCAACUUUUUGAUGAUGGGUUAUAGGAAAUUUGAUCUGUUCAUCUGGGUUUUAUCAGUCUUGUGUUUGGGAUGGUUGUGUAGUGGAUUUAAUCCUGCAGACAUUUACCUUAUAGACUGUGGAUCGCCUGCCAAUACUUCAGUGGGUAACCGUGUCUAUGUAGCAGAUAAUUUGGCUUCAAAAUUUCUUUCAACCCCAAAAGAUGUUGUUGCCAAUAUUUCUUUGAAAUCAAUCACUUCCUUUGAUGAUUCGCCGCUGUAUCAAACGGCAAGAAUCUUUACUGAAUCCUCAAAGUACACCUUUUCCAUAAGCCAGAGUGGGAGACACUGGAUCCGCCUUUACUUCUAUCCAUUUGUUUUUGGUGGUUACGAUUUGAGCAAAGCGAAGUUCUCUGUUUCCACCCAAAACCAUGUUCUCCUUGGUGAUUUCAGUGUUCAAAACGCUUCUCUUGUCAAAGAAUUUUCAGUAAAUGUAACUUCAGAUAGCCUUGUUAUUACCUUCACCCCUUCCAACAAUUCAUUUGCAUUCUUAAAUGCCAUAGAAGUUGUUUCAGUCCCCAACCAACUGAUCACUGAUGAUGCCAACAAUGGGCUCCACGGUUUGACGACUCACACUCAGGCUUUGGAGACAUCUUGGAGGGUGAAUAUGGGUGGACCAACAGUGUCCUUUGAGAAGGAUACCCUGUGGAGAACUUGGGUUCCUGAUCAAAGUUUUCAAGUAAAUGCGAACCUUGCCAAAUAUGUCUCAAAUAUUGCAGCUGUUACCUAUGAUGCGGGUUCGGCAUUGGCAACCAAGGAUAUUGCUCCACAAACUGUCUAUGGAACCCUCACUGAGAUGAAAUCCGCGGAUGAUACCAACAGCAAUUUCAAUGUGAGCUGGGAGUUCACAGUGGAUCCAGGAUUUCAGUACCUUGUUCGGUUUCACUUUUGUGAUGUAGUAAGUAAAUCUCUCUAUCAGCUGUACUUCAAUGUAUAUCUUGACUCUUUGAUUGUUGCUCGAGAUCUUGAUCUGAGUACUUUAGCAACUAAUAAGUUGGCUGUGCCAUAUUAUAUGGAUUAUGUCACAACAUCUGCUGCUGUCAGCAAUAAGCUUCGUAUUAGUAUUGGCCCUUCCCCUUUAAAUAAUGCUUAUCCGAAUGCCAUUCUAAAUGGGCUUGAGAUUAUGAAAUUGAACAAUUCAGCAGGCAGCCUCGGUGGAGCAAACUCUCUGGUUCCUUCUUCAAAUUCAAGUUCAAAAAGUAACGUCGGAGUAAUAGUGGGUGCCGGCGUUGGGUCAUUUAUUGCAGUGGUAUUGGCUGCGAUUCUCUUUGUUCUUUACAGAAGAAGGAAAAGACUGGCAGACCAGGGCCAUUCUAAGACAUGGCUUCCCUUUUCCAUUAAUGGAACCAAUUCUCACACCAUGGGAAGGAAAUAUGGAACAACUGCUAGUGCUGCUUCUAACUAUAGCUAUCGUUUUCCUUUUGGGGUUGUACAAGAGGCUACAAAUAACUUUGAUGAGAGUUGGGUUAUUGGAAUCGGUGGGUUUGGGAAGGUAUACAAGGGAGUCUUAAAUGAUGGAACUAAAGUGGCUGUCAAGAGGGGAAAUCCACGGUCUCAACAGGGACUUGCAGAGUUCAGGACUGAAAUUGAGAUGCUAUCUCAAUUCCGUCACCGCCAUCUUGUCUCAUUGAUUGGGCAUUGUGAUGACGAUAGUGAGAUGAUUCUGGUAUAUGAAUAUAUGGAGAACGGAACCCUGAAGAGUCAUCUCUAUGGCUCAGGUCACCCCAGCUUAAGUUGGAAGCAAAGGCUUGAAGUAUGCAUUGGAGCAGCUAGAGGACUUCACUACCUUCACACUGGCUGUGCAAAAGCAAUUAUUCAUCGUGACGUGAAAUCUGCAAAUAUCUUGCUUAAUGAAAACCUCAUGGCCAAGGUUGCUGAUUUUGGGCUUUCCAAGAAGGGGCCUGAAAUCGAUCAAUCCCAUGUCAGUACAGCAGUGAAAGGGAGUCUUGGAUACCUUGAUCCUGAAUAUUUUAGAAGGAAAAAACUGACAGAGAAAUCAGAUGUGUAUUCAUUUGGGGUGGUUUUGUUUGAGGUCCUUUGUGCAAGACCUGUUCUAGAUCCGUCCCUUACAAAGGAAAUGAACUUGGAUGAAUGGGCAAUGGAAUGGCAGAAGAAGGGGCAGUUGGAGCAAAUAAUAGAUUCUACCCUUGCAGGAAAAAUCAGACCAGAUUCUCUCAGGAAAUUUGGAGAAACCGCCGAGAAAUGCUUGGCUGACUGUGGUGUUGACAGGCCCUCCAUGGGCGAUGUGUUGUGGAAUCUAGAGUAUGCCCUUCAACUUCAAGAGGCAGAAAUUCCAGGUGAUGCUGAAGAAAAUAGUACCAAUACGAUUGGUGAGCAAUCCCCGCAAGUCAACAACUUUCAAUAAUGUUGAGGUGAUUGUGAGAAAAAUGUGUAUAUGUGUUCCACAUAAGACUUUCGCCAUAUGAAAGUUGGUAAAAGGUUUAUUUAAUUUUUACUACCGUCUGUUGGUAUUUAAUGUCAUGAGUGAUUUAUUGAUAUACCACGUCAACUUAUAGUACUUCCACUCAAAUAUUGUCAUGUGUUCAUUUUUAAAAUUAAAUGAUUUACUUUUUUACAGCUGGGACUUCUCAAUUUUUAUAUUAAAAAAAUAAAAGACUUGAUAAUAAAUUUAUAUAUUCGACCCAAAAAAAAUUAUAUAAUAAAAAAAAAAGUAUUGCCCCUACAGAAGCACCACCCCAACCCAACGAACCUAAUCCCUAGUACCUGCCAUGACCGUCGUCCCUUUCCGUUACUCUUUCUCUUUACCCCUUAUACUAA